AAACGACCCGCGAUGGGCUCAUAGCAUCAUACCAAAUCAGACAAGGACCCUUCUUCUCCGUGGGACUCCAAAAAUUUACAGUUAAAAAAGCCCUCUUCUCUAUUUGUUUUGUGAUAAUCUGUAAUUCAGAAAUCAGAAACCCUAAUAAUUUUCUUUGUCUAUAAAUGUUAUUGAAUCCCUGUGAUUAAUUAUUGAAUUCAAAUUCAUAGAGAGAUGGAUAUCGAACAAAAGCAAGCUGAGCACAUCGAAUUCUUUGUGAAACAAGCAUCAGCACUCAAGGGUUCUGCCCUUACCAGUGUUAUUGUUGAAGCCACUUCGCAUCCAUCACUCUUCGCUUUUUCAGAGAUUCUUUCUGUUCCCAGCGUUCUUGAGCUUGAAGGAACUGAGAAUUCAGUAUACCUUGAUUUGCUUCGUUUGUUUGCUCAUGGGACGUGGAGUGACUACAAAAGUAUUGCUGGCCGUCUUCCUCAGUUGGUGUCUGCCCAAGCUCUCAAGUUGAAGCAACUUACUGUGCUUACGCUAGCUGAUACAAGCAAGGUGCUUCCAUAUGAUCAACUUAUGCAGGAGUUGGAUGUCACAAAUGUGCGUGAACUUGAAGAUUUUCUCAUAAAUGAGUGCAUGUAUGUGGGCAUAGUUAGGGGAAAGCUGGACCAGUUGAAAAGAUGCUUUGAGGUACAAUUCGCUGCAGGGAGAGAUCUCAGACCUGGUCAAUUGGGGAAUAUGCUACAGACAUUAACUGACUGGUUGACUACUUCAGACAAUCUUCUUGUCUCAAUUCAAGAGAAAAUCAAAUGGGCAGAUACAAUGAGUGAAUCGGACAGGAAGCACCGGAAGGAAGUUGAAGAAAGGGUUGAUGAGGUGAAGAAGUCACUCUCUUUGAAGAAGCUACAAACUGUAAGCAGGCCGACGUUGACUUCAGAGGGCAUGAGGAGAUCUACUCUGAAUCUGGUGGAGUGAUGGAUUAUGAGGAAGACCGAGGCCGACCGAAGAGGAGACGACACCCUAUUGGUUAAGGUGAUGGAGUAGGGGCAAUGUUAGGAAGAAUUAGAGGGGCUGCUGGCCAGUUUUUUUGUUGUUGAUGGCAUUCCGACCAUAGAUGCUUUCCCUUUUAAAGUUUGCCGUGCUGUGAAUGGACUCAAAAGUAUCCGAUAGCCAUAUUUUGCACUUAACUCCAUUAUUUCCAUCUUGUUUGCCUUUUUUGAGUUGGAAAGAUUUUAAUAUGACGAUGAUGAGUAGGCUGAAACUUGUGGAGCUGAUUCAUUUUACAUUCAUAUAAGUCUAUAUGCUUUCGUUUUGAGUGA